AUGGAAAGAAGCGAAGCUAAACUGGAAGUUGACUUAUAUGACCCCAUUGGGGAUGACAAUGUCAAUGAUGAGCAGGACGCCCCAAGCUCGCCUCCCCAGCCAGCAACUUUCAAAGGACGCCUCGAUAUGAAUGCCUUCAUGCUCAAGUCAACUGAGCCUACAGUCAAUGGCCAAAGCUCCGCUGUGAGAAGAUCUCCAAGAUUCGGUACCACAACAUCUUCCGCACCACUCUCGUCUGAAGCAAAGAAGAUGAAGAGAGCUACCGGAGAGAAAGAUGACGAAGACAAACCGAAGAAGAAACGGGCACGUACUGCUUCUGGAUACGCGCCACCGUCAAAGUAUGCCCACCUCAAUGGCCUACCAGAUGCCAUCACGGAUGGACUUCUCGUUCUCUUCAUUGGAUUGAAUCCAGGUGUCCAGACAGCAAGAACGGGACAUGCGUAUGCUCACCCGUCGAAUCUGUUUUGGAAACUUCUUCACUCAAGCGGCCUCACGUCGCGUCGGUGCAGUCCAACUGAGGAUCAACAGUUGCCCGAGCUAUUCUCUCUGGGCUUCACCAAUAUUGUCGCUCGACCAAGUCGCAAUGGCUCUGAGCUUAGUAAGCAGGAGAUGGACGAAGGUGUUGAGAUUCUUCACGAGAAGUGUCGCAAGUACCGCCCCGAGUCUGUAUGUGUCGUUGGCAAGAGUAUCUGGGAAAGCAUCUGGCGCGUAAGACACGGUAAGCCUGUAGGGAAAGCAUUCAAGUAUGGUUGGCAAGAUGAGACAGAGAACAUGGGUGUCAUUAAAGGUGAAUGGGAGGGAUCGAAGGUGUUUGUGUCGAGUAGCACAAGUGGUCUUGCUGCUACGUUAUCACCAGCUGAAAAAGAACGUAUAUGGGCGGAAAUUGGCUCCUGGGCUAAAAGGCGUAGAGCAGAGAGGGGCUUUGAGGUCAAGGACAAGGAAUAG